AUGUAUACAUAAAUAAUUGGAAAUUACACAAUCAAGAAAUAGUUAGGAUCUGGAGCUCAUGGAGUUGUAUUCCUCGUAGUUUCAAACUAAAAUUAAAAUGAAUAUGCUUUAAAACUAUAAAGAGAAGAAAUUUCUGAAUAUGAAUUUGAAAUAAUGGAGUAUAUUUAUUCUAAAUAUUCUAAAGAUUAUUAAGCCAAUGCGAACCUCAUCAUAUCGUCCGAACUUAUGAUAAAUUCAAGGAAAAACAAGGUUUUAUUGAAUAUUAAUGUAUUACUAUGGAUUAUUGUAAUUAUGGUGAUCUUGCAUAAUUUUUAAAAGUAUAAAGAAAAAAUUUAGAUAUAUCGCGUAUAAAAAACAUGAUUUUCUAAGUAAAUUCUAUUUAUAUUAAGAUUGCUUUUGGUAUUUGGGAACUUUAACAAUUUAAUAUAAUUCAUAGAGAUCUUAAACCAUAAAAUAUUAUGAUUCAUAUCAAAGAUGAUGAAUUAUAACUAAAAAUCUGUGAUUUAGGCCUUUCGAAAGUAUCCAAAACCAAUGUUUAGCAUACACUAAAUAUUGGUACGCCUUUUUACAUGGCUCCAGAAUUAAUCAAAUAAACUGACAAUUAAAAUUAUGAUAAAUCAGUUGAUAUUUGGGCACUUGGUGUUAUAAUCUACGAUUUUUUUUAAGAGCAAUAAUUAUUUUAUGGAAAAACUUUAAUGGUCAUUUUUGAUUAGAUUAUAGACCCAAAAAUUAAGGAGAAAUUAAGUAAAAAUAUCUAUGAGUAGCAAAUAAAAUAAAUUUGUGAGCAAUGUUUAGACAUUAUGCCAUAAAAAAGGCCAAAAAUAGAACAAAUACUCACGUGUUUAGAUAGCUAGAUAUUUAAUGAAAAAUAAAAAAUUUUUUAUCAAAAUAAUAAUAAGAUUUAAUAAAGUAAAUUAAAAAUUAAAGAUAUUAAAGGUAAUUGUAAAAUAUUAAUUUAAAUUUAGAUAAAAAGAUGGACAUAAUUGUAAAUUAUGGAAAUGCAGUAACCUCUAAUUAAAUUGAAUUAAUCGAAAAAUCAGGUGAGAAGUCAAAUAAUAUUGAGAAUCAUAAAUCCUAAGAAAGUUAAAAUUAGUUUAACUAAGCUAUAUCGAAUAUUAAAGUUGGAUAACCUAAUCAAUAAUAAUUUAAUUUAAAUUAAAAUGAUCAGAAAAACAAUUUAUAAAACCUUAAUUAAUAGGAAUAAUAAUAUUAAAAUGUUAAAAAUGAAUUACUUAAUCAAUCAUAAUAAGGAUUUUUAACAAUAUAAUAAAAUAUGAAUUAAUAGCCUUAGUUUAACUAAACUAUAUCGAAUAUUAAAGUUGGAUAACCUAAUCAAUAAUAAUUUAAUUUAAAUUAAAAUGAUCAGAAAAACAAUUUAUAAAACCUUAAUUAAUAGGAAUAAUAAUAUUAAAAUGUUAAAAAUGAAUUACUUAAUCAAUCAUAAUAAGGAUUUUUAACAAUAUAAUAAAAUAUGAAUUAAUAGCCUUAGUUUAACUAAACUAUAUCGAAUAUUAAAGUUGGAUAACCUAAUCAAUAAUAAUUUAAUUUAAAUUAAAAUGAUCAGAAAAACAAUUUAUAAAACCUUAAUUAAUAGGAAUAAUAAUAUUAAAAUGUUAAAAAUGAAUUACUUAAUCAAUCAUAAUAAGGAUUUUUAACAAUAUAAUAAAAUAUGAAUUAAUAGCCUUAGUUUAACUAAACUAUAUCGAAUAUUAAAGUUGGAUAACCUAAUCAAUAAUAAUUUAAUUUAAAUUAAAAUGAUCAGAAAAACAAUUUAUAAAACCUUAAUUAAUAGGAAUAAUAAUAUUAAAAUGUUAAAAAUGAAUUACUUAAUCAAUCAUAAUAAGGAUUUUUAACAAUAUAAUAAAAUAUGAAUUAAUAGCCUUAGUUUAACUAAACUAUAUCGAAUAUUAAAGUUGGAUAACCUAAUCAAUAAUAAUUUAAUUUAAAUUAAAAUGAUCAGAAAAACAAUUUAUAAAACCUUAAUUAAUAGGAAUAAUAAUAUUAAAAUGUUAAAAAUGAAUUACUUAAUCAAUCAUAAUAAGGAUUUUUAACAAUAUAAUAAAAUAUGAAUUAAUAGCCUUAGUUUAACUAAACUAUAUCGAAUAUUAAAGUUGGAUAACCUAAUCAAUAAUAAUUUAAUUUAAAUUAAAAUGAUCAGAAAAACAAUUUAUAAAACCUUAAUUAAUAGGAAUAAUAAUAUUAAAAUGUUAAAAAUGAAUUACUUAAUCAAUCAUAAUAAGGAUUUUUAACAAUAUAAUAAAAUAUGAAUUAAUAGCCUUAGUUUAACUAAACUAUAUCGAAUAUUAAAGUUGGAUAACCUAAUCAAUAAUAAUUUAAUUUAAAUUAAAAUGAUCAGAAAAACAAUUUAUAAAACCUUAAUUAAUAGGAAUAAUAAUAUUAAAAUGUUAAAAAUGAAUUACUUAAUCAAUCAUAAUAAGGAUUUUUAACAAUAUAAUAAAAUAUGAAUUAAUAGCCUUAGUUUAACUAAACUAUAUCGAAUAUUAAAGUUGGAUAACCUAAUCAAUAAUAAUUUAAUUUAAAUUAAAAUGAUCAGAAAAACAAUUUAUAAAACCUUAAUUAAUAGGAAUAAUAAUAUUAAAAUGUUAAAAAUGAAUUACUUAAUCAAUCAUAAUAAGGAUUUUUAACAAUAUAAUAAAAACUUAAUCAAUACGAAUAAAAUUUUACUUUACAAAAUUAAAAUUUUUGUUCAAACAAUCAGAAUGAAUAAUAAUCAAAUUGUUUCUCAUAAUUAUAAGACUUUUUUUAAAAUGAUUAGAAACAUAGUUUUUAGAAUAAUAUUUGUCAAAAGCCUUUAAAUUAAAAUUUAUAGCCUAAAUAACUUAAUUAAUUUAUAAAUACUAAUACUGAAACAUCUUAAAACUAACACCAUGUUUAACUAACCCCUGAAGAAGUAAGAAAGUAAACUAAAAUAUUAAGCAAAAUUAAAGAUAGAAAAUUUGCAACUCAAUUAGUUUAGAUGUGGUCUUAAAAGAAAAAUAGAGAUGAAAUAUCUUAAGCAUUAUAAAAUAAAACUAUUUAGUUCCUUUCCAUUUAAGAAAUUUAUUGA